CAUAACACAAACAAAAGCAUAGAGAGACUCAUACAAAAGAACCAGAGAGAGAGAUAAUGAGACGUCAACCACCACGUCCACGUAACUCACCACCGCAAUCUCACUCAUCUCCGUCGUCAUCUUCAUCGGAAUUCGAAUUUAACAUCUCAAUCUCGCCGCGAAAAGCUUCUUCUUCGCUUUGUCCCGCCGAUGAACUCUUUUACAAAGGCCAGCUUCUUCCUCUUCAGCUCUCUCCUCGUCUCUCUCUAGUCCGUACACUUGGUUCUUCUACUUCUUCCUCAGACUACACUUCUUCCUCUUCCUCCUCCGUCGCAACGUCCGCCGCACGUGACUCCACUGAAUCUAACUCCUCCACUGAUUCCACAGCUUCUUUCCCUCUCCUUCACCCUCCUCCGCUUGAUUGUUGUGACUCUUCUCGUCCUAGCUCUGUAACUGACGAUGAAGAUUUCUUCUUUAAACCUCCAAAGAACAAAUCUUCAAGUGGUGGUUUCUCACUUUCUAGAUUCUCCUCUGUUUUCAAGAAAGAUCCCAAAACCAAUCUCCACCACCACUCCUCCUCCUCUUCCACCGCAACAACCGCCGCAGCUCCGUCGUCGGUGAAGAGAAUGAGCUCAACAGCUAAAGAAGUAAUACGGAAAUACAUGAAAAAAGUCAAACCAUUAUACGAAAAAUUAUCUCCAAAACAGAGCUCCAAUAUAAAAACAGAGUCAUCAUCAUCUCUCAAAGAUUCCGGUAACAACAUCCGUGGGACCACCACCGUAACCACCGUCACCGCCGCUCCAACCGUUGUCUCCUCCGGUGGUGGUUUAUCAAUCUCUUUCUCCGGAAACCUAAUGAAAUACACAAAACGUGGACGAUGCGCGGCGAGUUGUCCAUCGUCGAUGAGGUCAUCUCCGAAUCACUCCGGUGUACUGACACGUGGCGGUUUUCCGGUUCAUCAAGGUAGUUGCAGUAGCAGCAGUAGCAACAACAACAGUGUGUCAUCUUCAAUGGAAGAGUUACAAAGUGCUAUUCAAGGAGCUAUUGCUCAUUGCAAGAACUCAAUGUUACAGAAGAAUUUGGUUAGUAGUCUCGAGAUCUAGCUUAUAUCUUUUGGUUCCAUUUUAUCAAUGUUUUUUUUCAUGUCUUAAUUUUUGUUUUAGUGUGAUUCAAACAUUCUAUUUUAUUAACGAUGUUAUUGGUUGUUUUUACACUUAUGUUUGAUUAACUUAACUCAUAAUAAGACAUUGUAGUUUGGUGAUUCAUCUUAAAUUUAAGUGUUUCCGAGUUUAAUAUCAAAACUCAUACUAAUCUCGAGUUCAUAGUUCAUACUACGUUGUUUAUUUUAGUCUUGUAUAUAUGGUAGGUAAAAAAUAGUAUCCAACGAAACAUUGUUUCGAUAUUGUAAUUUUGUUUGAUAAUGAUAAGUAGAUCUAUAAAUAAAUUAGGAAAUGUAGACGUUGUGAAAUAAUUGAGAGGAACAAGAAAACGACGGUGGGGUUUAUAUUUUAGAAAUAAUUGAAGAAUUGGAUUAUUGAGUACCUUCAUCAAGUACUAUUCUGCGAAACUGGUUCUCUUCUUCGUACCUUAUCUUUUCUCUCUCUGGUCUCUAUAGUUAUUGUCGGUGUUCUCUGUUGAUGAUAAAUGAAUGAACCUCUCUGUUUUAAUAUCUCAAUUGAAAAAUAUCUUGUAUCCAACUAUUAUUUUUG